AGCGGGGCCCGGCCCGAGCGGGGCCUGGGGGUGCGACGCCGAGGGCGGGGGAGCGCGCGCCGCUGCUCCGGACCGGGCCGCGCGCGCCGCCUCAGGAACCGUCACCAUUGCUGGGACCUGAUAAGGAACCCGUGCCAGUUCCCGGGGCACCUCUCCUCACGGCCUUGGCUACAACCAGUCUCCGAAGUGUGACAGCUUCUCCACGGCAGUCAUGGGGUCUGAGGAUCAUGGGGCCCAGAACCCGAGCUGUAAAAUCAUGACGUUUCGCCCAACCAUGGAGGAAUUUAAGGACUUCAACAAAUACGUGGCCUACAUCGAGUCCCAGGGAGCCCACCGGGCGGGCCUGGCCAAGAUCAUCCCCCCAAAGGAGUGGAAGCCCAGGCAGACGUACGAUGACAUCGAUGAUGUAGUCAUCCCAGCACCCAUCCAGCAGGUGGUCACGGGCCAGUCAGGCCUCUUCACACAGUACAACAUCCAGAAAAAGGCCAUGACCGUCGGGGAGUACCGCCGCCUGGCCAACAGCGAGAAGUACUGUACCCCACGGCACCAGGACUUCGAUGACCUGGAGCGCAAGUACUGGAAGAACCUGACCUUCGUGUCCCCCAUCUACGGGGCAGACAUCAGCGGCUCUCUGUAUGACGACGACGUGGCCCAGUGGAACAUCGGGAGCCUGCGGACCAUCCUGGACAUGGUGGAGCGUGAGUGUGGCACUAUCAUCGAGGGCGUCAACACCCCCUACCUGUACUUCGGCAUGUGGAAGACCACCUUCGCCUGGCACACGGAGGACAUGGACCUGUACAGUAUCAACUACCUGCACUUCGGGGAGCCCAAGUCCUGGUACGCCAUCCCGCCGGAGCACGGCAAGCGCCUGGAGCGGCUGGCCAUCGGGUUCUUUCCCGGGAGCUCCCAGGGCUGUGAUGCUUUCCUGCGGCACAAGAUGACCCUCAUCUCGCCCAUCAUCCUCAAGAAGUACGGCAUCCCGUUCAGCCGGAUCACACAGGAGGCUGGGGAGUUCAUGAUCACGUUUCCCUACGGCUACCAUGCCGGGUUCAAUCACGGCUUCAACUGUGCAGAAUCUACCAACUUUGCCACUCUGCGGUGGAUUGAUUACGGCAAGGUGGCCACUCAGUGCACGUGCCGGAAGGACAUGGUCAAGAUCUCCAUGGACGUGUUCGUGCGUAUCCUGCAGCCGGAGCGCUACGAGCUGUGGAAGCAAGGCAAGGACCUGACCGUGCUCGACCACACCCGGCCCACGGCCCUGAGCAGCCCGGAGCUGAGCACCUGGAGCGCCUCCCGGGCCUCGCUCAAGGCCAAGCUCCUGCGCAGACAAAUUAGUCUGAAAGAAAACAGACACUGGAGAAAGACUGAGGAGGACAGAAAGGCCAGUCUAGAAAGGAAGAAAGAGCAGCCCAGGAGGCCGGGGCCGCCGUCCCACCGGAAAAGGAGCCAGCCCAAGAAGCCCAAGCCGGAAGACCCCAAGUUGCCAGGGGAAGGGGCCACUGGGGCCACCCUCCUGGAGGAGCCUGGCGGCCUGAAGGAGGAGGCCUCGCAGGAGGCGGACCCUGAGGAGGAGGAGGAGGAGCCCCAGCCGACGCUGCCGCAGGGUCGGGAGGCUGAGGCCACGGAAGAAGACGGGAGGGGCAAGCCGCGGCCGGCCAAGGCCAGGAGCGACAGGAAGAAGAAGAGCUAUGGUCCCCCGCACCCCCACCACCCCCUCUUGCCCCAGCUGCCGCCGCCCCCACCCACCCAGUUCCCCGCCGAGGAGGCGUCCCGGCCGCUGCCCCCGCUGGAGCCCCCGCUGCUGGCCCCGGGCCCCGCGCCCGCGGAGGAGAACCCCCUGCCACCACCUCUCAACGUCAUACGGCCCGAGGCGCCUGGCCAAGAGCCAGAGGUGCAGCCGCGCCCCAUCAUCCCCAUGCUGUACGUGGUGCCGCGGCCCGGCGCGGCGCGCGACGAGGGCCGCGUGUCCUGCCAGCAGGCCUUUGAGCACUUUGCCCAGAGGGGCCCCACCUGGAAGGAACAGGCGGCCCCCAUGGAGUGGACGGGUCCCGAGGAGGAGAGCGGAGCCGGCGAGGUACAGGCCCCGUCCACGUUUUCCAAACUGAAGAUGGAAAUCAAGAAGAGCCGGCGUCACCCCCUAGGCAAGCCGCCCGCCCGCUCCCCACUGACCGUGGUCAAGCAGGAGGCCUCGAGUGACGAGGAAGCCUUCCCUUUCUCCGGGGAGGAGGACAUGAGUGACCCCGAGGCCUUGAGGCCUUUGCUCUCCCUGCAGUGGAAGAACAAGGCUGCCAGUUUCCAGGCUGAGAGGAAGUUCAAUGCCGCGGCCGCGCUGACCGAGCCCUUCUGCGCCAUCUGCACCCUCUUCUACCCCUACAGCCAGUCCCUACAGACCGAGAAGGAGGCUCCCCAGGCCUCCCUCGGGGAGGGCCCCUCGGCUGCUCCGCCUUCCAAAAGCGGCCAGAAGACGCGGCCGCUGGUCCCCGAGAUGUGCUUCACGGCCAGCGGUGAGAACACGGAGCCCCUCCCCGCCAGCUCCUACAUCGGAGACGACGGGACCAGCCUGCUGAUCGCCUGCGCCAAGUGUUACCUGCAGGUCCACGCCAGCUGCUACGGCAUCCGCCCUGAGCUGGUGAACGAAGGCUGGACGUGUUCCCGGUGCACGGCCCACGCCUGGACUGCGGAGUGCUGUCUCUGCAACCUCCGGGGAGGAGCCCUGCAGAUGACGACCGACCGGAGGUGGAUCCACGUGAUCUGCGCCAUUGCUGUCCCCGAAGCGCGCUUCCUGAAUGUGAUGGAGCGCCACCCCGUGGACAUCAGCGCCAUCCCUGAGCAGCGGUGGAAGCUGAAGUGCGUGUACUGCCGGAAGCGGAUGAAGAAGGUGUCGGGCGCCUGCAUCCAGUGCUCGUGUGAGCACUGCUCCACCUCCUUCCACGUGACCUGUGCCCACGCCGCCGGGGUCCUCAUGGAGCCGGACGACUGGCCCUACGUCGUCUCCAUCACCUGCUUCAAGCACAAGUCAGGGGGCCACCCCGCCCAGUUCCUGAGGGCCGUGUCCUUGGGCCAGACGGUCAUCACCAAGAACCGCAACGGGCUCUACUACCGCUGCCGGGUCAUCGGCGCCAGCGCACAGACCUUCUACGAGGUGAACUUCGACGACGGGUCCUACAGCGACAACCUGUACCCGGAGAGCAUUACUAGCAGGGACUGCGUCCGGCUGGGACCCCCGCCCGAGGGGGAGUUUGUGGAGCUGCGGUGGGCGGACGGCAACAUGUACAAGGCCAGGUUCAUUUCCUCUGUGACGAGCCACGUCUACCAGGUGGAGUUUGAGGACGGGUCCCAGCUGACGGUGAAGCGUGCGGACAUCUUCACCCUGGACGAGGAACUCCCCAAGAGGGUCCGGUCGCGGCUGUCGCUCAGCACGGGGGCGCCGCAGGAGACUGCCUUCUCGGGGGAGGACGUGAAGGCCGCCAAGCGCCCGCGGGUAGGCGCCCCGCGGGCCCCCGAGGACUCAGGGCGGAACCCGGACUACCUGGCGUUCAUGGAGAGCCUCCUGCAGGCGCAGUGCCGGCCCGGGGCCCCGUUCUAGGACAGCCAGCCGCCCGGCGACCCCUCGGCCCAGCAAGGCAGGCGGCGGCGGGCCCUGGCGUUUGCUUGCUGUGAAUUCCUGUCCUCGCCUCCCCCGGCCCCGAGAGGCUACCUCCGCGCGCGGCCGCCCCGCUCCACAGCGACAGGAGCGAGCAGGACGCCGGCGCGCGGCCCGGACUCAGGGAGCAGGGCCACGCGGGCUCUGGGGGGUCCGGCCGGGGACUCGCCACCCUCCCCCCACGACUCAGAUCCGUAAACCAUGUAAGCUCUUCUUCUCGAAAAGGUGCUACUGCAUUGCCUGCCUCCUGAGCAGCCUUUGAGAUUGUGACUUGUGUACAGACAUCACCUUUGUGAGGCUCUUUCUAGAAAUACCUAUUGUUUAAAAAAAAAAAACCUGAGAAAAAAAGGAAAAUGAAGAAAAGGAAAAAAAUCCCCAAAGUUGUUUUCUAGAUUUGUGGCUUUAACAAUGAAGCAAAACGAAACAAAAUUGUUCUUUUUCUCAGAACCAAGAUACACCGAGGGAGAUAAAAGCAUCUCGUUUUUGUUUGUUUGUUUGUUUGUUUGUCAUUGUUUUAAAACCUCGCUUGUCUCCGCGAGCAGCAGGGAGGCCCAGGCAGGGCGACGGGGCGGCAUGGUCGCGGGCCUGGCCCUUGUCUCCCCAUGACUUGGUGAAGGUCUGGGCGGCUGGUACCGCCUCCUCGGCCCGUGCCACGGCUCCGCGCCGACAGGAGGAGGCCGGCCGCGCGCUUUGGAGGCGACCGUGGUCGUGGGGGUCCAGGAGUCCCCCUCCGGUCCGUGCACGCCGUCACAGAAUAAACACUCUCUCUGGUUUGCUUCUUCCCCUGGUGAGAACCCACCGCACGGCUGAGGCCUCCAGUGUUUGCAGAAGGGCUCGGUGCCCACAGAGUGUCCCCAGCACCGCCCGGGGGCCCUCCUGUCGCCCUCCUCCCGCAGGGUGGGUGGCUGGCUGCCUGUAGCCUGCUGGGGAGGGACGACGCGGGGCCACGCAGGCCUCCGGGUGGCCUGAGUCUGGCUGUUUCCCUGUGCGGGCGAGGCCUGUGUCCCCGGGCUCUGGCCCCCCAGGCGCCCCCCUGGCCCCCCGCGUUGGCUGCUGUCCGCGUGCCGAGGGGCGCACACCUUGGACCCUGAGGGGCCAGUGGCACCCUGUGUCCCAUUGGGAAGCGUGGAUUUGUGCGUCUGGGGGGGCAGCCGGAGAGAACCAGACCCACCUCCGGAGAGCUGGAGGUUGGAUUUAUGAGAGCGUGCCUGCGAGGGGCUUGGGAACCCCCCGCCCCCUGCCCCGGGGAGCCUUUCCCGUUGCGGGAGGGCCCCUGCUGUCCUGCCCAGGGACCGACAGCAUAAUUUUGCUUGUGUAAAAAAAAAAAAAUUAAAAAUUAAAAAAAAAGAGUGUUCUGAUGGUUGCCAGGCCAGAAAGAACUAUUAUAAGGAGAACGGAAAGAAUGUAAAUGAGCCGGGAACCUUUCAUUUGCUUGGUGGGGGGGGGCGGGGGGCAGGUGCCCUGGAGCGGGGCGGGGGCGGGAGGCCCGGAGGGGAGUCAGCCGGGAUGUGGGGGUUUCCCCGCCCAGACGCGGCACUGUGUUCAUAUGUAGUUUGAAAAUGCUAUUUAUAUUGUACAGAGAACAAAAAGCGGGCUGGCCCUCUGGGUCGGGGGUGGGGGGGCCAGACCCAGGGGGUCUUUCUGGGUCUAGGGUGACAUGCAGACAGGCCGCGGCUCAACAGGGGAGACGCACAUUUCCCUGCAAAGGUAUAUCCGUGUCUAUGUACAAAAACGAAAAACAAAAAAACCCACCCACUCUGAUUUUUCUCCCACCCGAGAUUAAGGAUGCGCUGUAUUUUUGCCUAAUUUCCCCUGCCUCUAGGUUCAUAAUGAAUUAAAGGCUCGUGAGCACUGCGAAUUACA